AAUUGCUCCUUCACAGGAAUCAGCUGAUGCAGGACGAUCAUGAGCUUACGGAGGCACUGAAGAAGGUUUACCACCAGCAAGAUUCGACCAAGCUUGAUCUGGAGCAGCUGCUCCAAGAGUCCUCUGGCCAAGUGCACACUCUGGCCAGGAUGUCCAGCAAGAAGGAAUUGCUGGUGCGCAAGGUGGCUGCCCUAGAGGUGCAACUGUCAGCCUUGGAGCAGGACAGACAAGGCCUUUCAGAGCAGCUGACACAGGCCAGGUCAGUGAACGAGACCCUGGAGAACAGCCUAUCUGAGGCUCAGCGGCACAUACUGCAGUUGGAGAUCACCAAGAGCCAGCUGGAAAUCCAACUUCAAACAGUCACACAGGCCAAUGAACUGAUACAAGGUGAGAGCCUCAUGUGCUUUGCUUCCCUUGACCCCCGUGGCCAGCGGGCUUUCUGCAGUGCUUCUAAGUGAAGGAGCUGGAAAGAGUUCCCUCCUCCACUGACCUUCAAAUGGCUUUAGGUUAGUAAGGCCAGAACCCCUUGCGUAGACUCUGAAUCCUCCCAUUUGUUGCGUUUGCAGGGGAAGUGAAGUGCCUUAGAUGGAAGCUGGAAGCUGAGAGAUAUCUCAUGCAGCAGGAAAGGAAGACCAUGGCAGAACAGCUCUCGCAGGCAGAACAG